AUGGACAUUUGGAUAACGAAGCUGCGGCAGGCCCACACGUGCCUCUUGGCGGAUGACGCGUACCGGAACAGCACCAUGAAGCCUCAGCGACUUCUCGGGCGCCUAGAAGGGGAUGCUCUGGUGGAGAUCCUUAAGUUUGCACCUGACAAUUUACGUCUCACACUUGCUGCUGUGAGUCCAAAAGCUCGCUUGUUUUCCGAACUGCUGGAAUCGCGACUGCCGACGAAUCUGCGCCUUCUCCUCGACGACUCCACUGUGAUGCAUGAGCUUGUAUGUGAAGCUGCUGAUGUGUCGUGCGUUCAGCCGCUGACCACAGUGACUUGGUGGAUUGAGAAGUGCGGCAUCUUCGUAUCGGUCCGAGGCGACAAGACGGCCUUAGCGCUGCUCGCUUCGUCUCGCUUAAGGCCCAUCCUAAGGAGUAUUAGUCUUUCGCUCCUUGUACAUGUGUGUCCCAUUCCAACGGAUGUCGCACUCCACCUGGAGAGAAUUGACAUGUGCGGCGAAGCCUUUGCCUCGCUCUCUGCAAACUUUUCCCAAAUGGUGCAGCUGAGAGAGCUGCACGUUGCGCACUGCACAAGUGCCGCACUUCUGCGACUCUCUCAGUUGCCUGGCCUCCUAAUGCUUAGCAUCGAAUCAAGGAUCGGCGUAGCAUCGCUCGACAACACGAACGUCGCAGAGAACCCCCAACAGAACCUCGACCGAGUAGACGAGAUUGACAUGCGUCGGCUGGCUUCUGCUCACUCCCUGCAGCACCUUCGUUUAAGUGGCAGUGGGCUGUCCGUGAUGACUGGCUUCGACUGUUGCGCGUCUCUCGCUACCGUCACUGUUAUAAACUGUGGACGACUCCUCUCCCUGUCGGCGCUAGCCCACGCCAAUAAUUUGAGGACCAUAUCCAUCUCCUGGUCUGGCGUGCGUGACCUGGGAGGACUCUCCUCAUGUGCGUGCCUGGAACGCAUUUCUAUUGAUACAUGCAGAGAAGUGGAGAGUUUGGCUGCUCUGGCUGGUGCGCCGCGACUACGGGAGGUGGACGUGUUUUGCAGCGGUGUGCGCGACGUUAAUGGGCUGUCAUCGUGCCCUUGCCUCGAAACCCUUCGCGUGGCGGCGUGUCGGCUUGUCACGGAUUUGUCCCCCUUAGCUGGUGCGCCACGCCUUCGAAUCAUUGAUGCAUCCUUUAGCGCUGUGAGAAACCUUCGGGGUUUGGGUACAUGCCCCUCCCUUGAGGUUUUGCGCCUGGAUGCGUGCGUUGCAGUCGAGGACUUGAGUCCACUGGCUGACGCACCACGUCUCAAGUGUGUCUUCGUCAAGGGACUGGACCACGCAGCGCUCUUAUACCCGUUAAGCCUUAUGCCAAAGAUUUUUCCUACCGCGGCAGCUGAGAGCCUUCAGUGA